GGGCGGCGCUCCGAGCGCGACGCGUGGUAAGGCCGGUGUGUGUGUGGAGGGGUUGGCCCGGCCGCUGCGUGGGACCUGGGCGGCACAGGCGCUACGGUCUCGGCUCCAGUCGGCCGGCUGCUGCUGCUGCUGCGGACACGUGCAGCUAGCGGUGCCCUGCGUUGCCCGCGCGUGUGGAUACCGGAAGACCGCCGCCUGCGCGCGCGCUCCUACAUGUCGGUCUCGGCGGCCGCUCUGCAUUAUCUUCUGCUGGCUGCACUGGAAGCCGGAGUCUUCGGACUGCGCAUCGUGUCGCUGGAUGUCCCUCAGCGGGUGAGCGUGGGCCGGGAGGUCCUUCUCAAGUGCGCCUACGACCUGGAGGGAGACCUGCUCUACUCAGUCAAAUGGUACAAGGACGACAUCGAGUUCUUCCGCUACGUGCCGUCGGACAGGCCGCCCGGACAGUACUUCGAAGUGCACGGCAUCCGAGUUGACAUGGUGCGCUCGGUGAACGGCAGCGUGUUCAUCCGAGGCAUGGACGCGGCUUCCGAAGGCAGCUACAAGUGCGAAGUCUCCGCAGACGCGCCCUCCUUUCAGACCAUCUUCGCCGAGAAGAUGAUCAGGGUCGACUCUGCUGCGACCACGAGCCUGCGCUGCUCUGGAUGGACGUCGGUGAUGACCGGCCUGUCAUUGCUGCUCUUGGUUCGGGUACUACGACAGCCUGUGACGUGAACCAUGGCGAGCGGCCGGCGCUCGCUCUCUGAAAAAAAAAAAGAAGUUUGGAGACAUUGCGUGGAACCACCAUCGACAUCUGCGCUGACCGCGCGCGCAUUGCAGGACAGUCGGCAGCUCUGAUUGAAAGAAGUUUACGUCAGAUGUACGGUUGCGGGGGUGUACCUUAGCUGGUCUACGAAAUAGACCACCGGAGCGAGGUUUUAUUUGUUGAACUGUUGGAGAUGGAGCAGAGAAAAUUCGUGGUGUGUGCAUGGGUGUGUGGCUCUCGAGCAAGACGACGUCGUCCAUCCCGAUUCUGUUGUACAUACAGGUUCAGUGAGCCGAGGGAGUGGUUCUGACACGUGUUGCGUGCACGUCGUGCGGAACAUCCGGGAACGUGAACACUGUUGCUCUCAAUUACGAAUAAAAAAAAAGAAAAAAAAAGAAAGACGAGAGUGAAGAGAACGAGGACAUCAGUGAAGUGUGGUGUUUGUGCGCGAAACGAAGGAAAUAUAAAAAUGAGUGCUUCUCGGCCAUUUUUGUUAUGCGGCCGUGUUCAGCGAAUGUAGAACGCUAGAAUCUUUUGACCGGUAGCGGGUGCCUAAGUUAUUAGACGCCCUUUUUGCAUCUUCGUUUUCCUUCUUCUUCGCUUUUUGUUGAAUAGAGUGCCGAGAUUGAAAGCGAU